AUGACUCCAAAUUUGCCCGUUGGAGGAUCGAGUCUUCGAGCAUCAUGCGAGGCUUGCCGACCUCCGACCGGGAAUGCUAUUACUCUCCCCACAAACCCAUGGGUAGGCCGACAUCACGUCGUGUCCGUCCUCAAUCGUCCCAACCAGUCCGUCGGGAACGGAUACUUCCUCGGCGGAAUGCUUCGACCAGGGAGUAGCAAUACACGAGAAAUUGACGCUCUUCUCGGGCCAACAAGCCCGCGAAUCAGCUCCCCUCUCAACCCGGAGACUUUUGUAAUCCACCCAGAUGUCAUUGACUUGGAAAAUGAUCAAGGGUUCGCUGACGAUUUGUUUGAUGAGUCCAGGCCCAGUCAAGAUCUCGUAUCUGAAGGUCUUGCAGCUUUCCCUCCCCUUGCCUCAGACAAUCAGCAAACGACGGAUAAUUGCGCCUGUCUUUCAGUACUGUACCUGUUGCUGGAGCACCUUCGGGUAAAAGAACAUCUUGUCGCACCAGAGGACUUCGCCCUACUCCGAAAUACCUUCGAGCCGGCUUUACAAGUUCUAAAUUGUCAAAGAUGCCCGCGCCGGUACUUCUCCAUCAUCCAGAACGCCGCCCUACUUGGCGUUCUAUGUCUUUGUCUUACAGAGUCGUACAAGAGAAUGCUUGCAUCGAUCUCGACAGAAGAGACUAGAGCGACGGAGGCCGGAGAGAAGAAGCGCCUUGGAAUCCACGGCGCAUUGCCGGGCUCAUCGGCCUAUGGAGAAUCGUCGUCUACAAGUGCGCCAAGCCUGUUCUCGGUAGAGAUAUCACCAUCAGAAUGGGGCAAAAUAAUGCGAAACAUCGUGAGGUCAGAAAUCUUUGGAGCCGAGGGGCAGAAAGAUAAUAAGUAUCUUACGGGGUUCUUUGACCUUAUGGAGCAGCGUCAACGGCGAUGGCAUCACACGCCGCCUGCACCUGACUGCCCACCUUGCUAUCAGUCGUUCUGUGGAUCAGAUGAUCGACAGCCUAGCUGUCUCGCUCUUUUGAACAACGCUAGACGAUUGAUAGAACAUUUGGAGUUAUAG